AUGGUGCUGCACCCUGCGCGGACAGACCGGCCCGUGACCAAGCUACCGCUGCUACUAACGGCGUCGCCCAGCAACGUCGGUGUUCAAAUCGACUCGUAUCGCAGCAAAGAUGUCUUCAACCGACCCCGCUCGACUGCGUUCACGUCGGCGUUUCACGGCUUUAUGUUUGAGGACCACCGGCUACAGAACGCGCCCCGCAUGUCACUGCGCGAUGCCCAACGCGCCCAGGACGCGGUGCGGCGGCAAGAGAAGCUCGCUGCCUACGCCGUCGCUCGGCACGAAGCCCACAUCCAGCUCGAAGAGAAGCGCAAGCACCGCGAGUACCUUCGCCGUCUCCGCAUUUGGGAGCACCACCAAGCGCUCAAAGAUGAGAGCGAGCGGCAAUGGGAACACGAAUGCGCCAACCGGAUUCAAGCGCUGCACCGCGGCUACGUGGUGCGCAAGGAGCUCGCGGCGCUGCAUGCGGCGGCUGCGCAGAUCCAAGCGCAUGUUCGCCGCAUGACGGCACAAGCAGCAUACCGGGCGCGCCGCGUCGCCGUGAGCCAGGAGGCAUCGGCGACGCGGAUCCAGGCCUACAUGCGCCGUCACUUGGUGGCAAAGCGAUACCCUCGGCGUCCUCGCCCAGCGUCCGUUGUAUUGCCCCCCAAAGCAAGCAACGACCAAGUGGUGGAGCCCUUGGGCCAGCGGGAUGCGGCGUUAAUAGCACUACCCCCGACGGUUGCCAGCCCGGCGACAGCAGUUGCAUGCGACACCGACACCAUGGUGACGAGCAAGGACGACACGGACUACCCAGCACAAAGCGAGCGCCGCGCACCGACGACGGUGUCGAUCGUUAGAACGCCCGCGCCACCACCGACGCGACCGUGCACGACCGUGCUCAAGCGUGUCGGGGGUGGGUUUCGCAAAAUCUUUCAAAAGCCACCGACGCCCAAGCCGGUGACGGCACCGCGGCGAACAUCGCCGCAACGCCCCGCGCCAUCAACGCCCAAGCAGCAGACAUGGAAUGACAUUGCGAGCCGGCCGUUACCGCAACCCAAAGCACUUCAAAUGUACAUCCAGGACCCCAACCUGGCCGAGAAGCUGCACAUGACGCUGCCGCUGGGCGAGGCGACUCCGUACACCUCGGUCGACCGAGCGCUCCUCGGGGCCGACGACUGCGAAGAAAGCAACAACAACAACAAUGACAACGACGCCAUGUCGUGUCCAGAGACGCCGUUGGGCGCGUCCGCCGUCACCAUGUUUUCGUUUGGCAAAAAUCCGCUCGAGGUGGCCGACUGGAGCGUCCUAUUGGACAAGGACUUGGACGCUCGACCGCACGAGACACCGCCUAUCACUCUUGUCCGUCCAGCGUCCCGAAAAGAGAGACCUGUCUCGAACCGAUCCAACGGCAGCCGACCCGACUCGGCCGACAGGGUUGCAGAAGUCGUGGCACCGCUCACGUACACCCCGUCGUCCGACGAGCAACUCCGGGCCUUUGAAGCAUAUGCGCUGCAAACUGUGCUUGAGGCCGAGCGUCUCUGCCUUGACGACGUUGCGGCCACCGACCGUGCGCUAUCGUGCUCGCCGCACAAUGGUGUCCAAAAGGCAACCGGCAUUGUCUGCGUGAAAUGCUCGGCACGUAUUGACAACUCGAAGCGCCACUUUCUGUUUGUCCAGAGCUUGGACAAGACAGCGUUCGAGUACGAUGUCAACACGCUUCGUCCGCGUCUCUCUCAGCUGCUCCACCAGCUCCAAAUGACCCGCGCCGACCUCGAGUCGCAGCUUGGCAGUGGCCGGUACGAAGUGGUCGUCACGGCCGCGCUGCUCAUUCAGGCCACGUACGCUACAUGGCGCGCCGCCAAGCAAGAAGCCAGCGCCACCGCGAGAUGGAAGAUGUCGAUACAGCGGUAUGAUAUGCGCCAACGCCGACGAGUCGCCGCCAAAGACGUGCUUCGGCUCCAACGGGCGUGGCGGGCGCGAGAGCGUCAGCCGUCGGCGGUGGUACCCGUGGUCAUGGCACCGCCGCCAGACGCUCUCGACAGUGAGCGACGCGCGUCCAUACGAGAAGCGGCGCAACUACUGGUGUCUCUACCACCAACCACGCCAGAGACAUCGCUCGGGACACUGCGCCAAGCAGCCCCGGAAACGAAUGUGCUUGGCGUCUUGCCUCCGCUGAUAUCAUUCGGACGACGUCCAAGUGCCCGGGUCAAGGUAGAGCCGGCCGAGUAUCGAUGCUUUGCGCCUCAGUGCGGCGGCCGGCGAUUCACGCAUCGCAAAUGGUACGAAGCCCAUCUGCAAAAGCACUACAAGGCCAAGGAGCGCAUCGCCGCUGAGAAGGCCUUUCUAAGCCGGCUGCAGUCUACUAUGGUCAAGGCGACUGGCGUCUUGCCACCUAUCCACACCUUGUCCGCACCGCCACCGCCUGUCGCACACAGUGCGCCGCGUUCGGCCACGACGCUGCCCCCGCUCACUGCACCGCCGCUUAGCGCCGUGUUGCAGCUCAUUCGACUCGACGAGCCGUCGCCGCCACGCAUCAUUCGCAUCGUCGACUCGCACGUUCUCGGCCGCAGCUCGACCCGCUGUGACUUUGUGAUCGAGAGCCAGCAUUUUCAAGGCCUCGUGAGCAAAUGCCAUGCACGCAUCUCGGUCCACGGCCAUGGCGAUACGGCCGCGCCCGCGGUACAGCUCGACGACCUUGGCAGCACGAAUGGCACGUUUGUCAAUGGCGAGCUCGUGACGUCGGCCAUCCACUUGGUUGUCGGCGACCUCGUCGAGCUGGGGCGCGUCCGCGGCAAGCCCGAGAGCGGCGUCGUGUACGCCUGCCGGUCACCGACCCUCGUCGUCGACCUCCGCCAGCUUCCAUGA